AUGACGGACGCAGAGUUUGAAAUAGAAUGUGAAGAAGAGUCUAGUACUCAGGGAACAGUUUUUGCAGAGGACAUUACUAUAGAGCAACAGAGCAAUGAACCAAUUUUGACCAAAAAAGAGUACCUUUACGCAUUUGCUUGUGAAGUGUAUUCAGUUGUAGCAUUAUCAAGCUUCAUACCAUUGAUAUUGGAACAAUUCGCAUCCGAACGAGGGGUUCUCAACAUUAAUCAUGAGGUCGCUUGCAAAAACUCUACAGAGCUCAAGACUUUUGAAGAAGUACGCUGUGUAGUCAACAUUUUCGGAUUAUGGGUUGAUACAGCCUCAUUUAGUUUAUACACUUUUUCAUUUAGCGUAAUUCUACAAGCAAUUACUGCGAUAUCGAUCGGAGCAACGGCUGACCACGGUGCAAUGCGCAAAACUUUAUUAAUAAGUUUUGCUUUGGUUGGAAGUUUGUCUGCAGUGUUAUUCUUGCUAUUCACUCCUCCCAUGUUUUUACUUGUCGCAGUAAUUUCAAUUAUAGGAAAUGUCUGUUUUGGCGCGUCUUUUGUUUGCUUCAAUGGUUUUUUGCCAGUUUUGGCAAGAAAUCAUCAAGAUGUAAGAAAAAUAUCUGAUGAGAUAAAAUUACAUAUCGCUGAAAAUAAAAAGCUUUCGAACGAUCAACAGAUUUCAUAUUCUGAUGAUGAUAAUAUAGAUGAUCAAUCAAAUAUCGGACUUUUACAUAUUAACAAUAAUGCUGAUAUUAUAUUACAUAAUCUUGCGAAUGACCUGGAAAAAACGAAAGAAAAUAUUUCAACACACAUAUCUGCUCGUGGUUUUGCUUCUGGUUAUUUUGGUGGCAUAAUUCUUUUAUGUAUUUGUUUUAUAAUUUCUUUUAGUUUACAUUCUUCUGUCUUUAGUUUUCAAAUCGGUGUGUUUUUGUCUGGAACAUGGUGGUUUUUACUCACUUUACUUGUUGCUAAGUGGCUGCAACCAAGACCCGGUCCUCCCUUAUUUAUGGGUGAAGGAAAAAAAAUAAAAUGCUUCGAUUAUGUUGUAUAUGCAUGGAAAAGAUUGUGGAUAACUAUUUUGCAAGCAAGAAAAUUGGAAAUGACUUUUAAAUUCUUGAUCGCUUGGUUUUUCAUAUCAGAUGGAUAUACCACAAUAUCUUCAGUAGCGUUGUUAUUUGCUAAAACAACUUUACAAAUGCCGGCCACGGGUCUAAUUGCCAUUUCCUUAAUAGUUCCAACAUCAGCUUUACUUGGAACGAUCAUGGUGCCAAAAUUUCAAUCAUACUUUAGACUAAAAACAAAGCAAACCGUUAUAUUGUUAAAUAUUUUAUUAUUAUGUAUUCCUAUUUAUGGUUGUUUGGGUUUUAUUUUACCAUUUGGUGGCCUGAAAUCUGGCACAGAGCUUUAUUAUUUGGCUGUCUGGUUUGGAAUAAUUAUUGGUUCUAUUCAAAGUUAUUGCAGAACUUUGUUUAGUGAAUUAGUUCCUCAUGGUAGAGAAACGGAAUUUUUUGCUUUGUAUGCAGUUACUGAUAAAGGUUCAAGUUGGUUGGGGCCUACUUUAGUUGCAAUCAUUACCGACAUUACGCAUGAAAUUCGGUAUGGAUUUAUGUUAUUAUUUUUCCUUGUAUUAUUUCCUAUACCUAUUCUUUUGUCUUUGAAUGUUGCUAAAGGAAAAGAGGACGCCGAAAAGGCUUCCAAUAAACAUGUCAUC